CUUGAUGAAUGACAUCGAUUUUGCACUUUGUAUUUUACCUUUUAAAAUGUCUACGCUUAAAAUAUGAACUGUUUCUGUAGUCGAGAAACAAUGUAAGUAGCCUCGCACAUAACAGGGCGCGGGUCAAAGUUUUGGAAAAUGGUUUUUCGAAGUCAUGAAGUCAUGAUGAAGUUGUAGCAGAAGAAGCAGAAGCCGUUGCGCCAGAGCAGUAGCAGAGUCGCUGCGCUGUGAGUUGUGCCCUUCAGUUGUGAAAGAAACAAAUAGCCAUGGCCAUGGCGGCCGAAGAUGAAACGCGGAAACUAUCCGACAUUUUCGACGAAGGAUUGGAUUUAUUCAAUAGAGUCUCCAAGACUGAUGAAGCAACGAAUAGUUCAAACAUUCAGGCUGAAAUCAAAAGAAGCAUGCACCUGUUUGAAGAUGCAACGAGGCUAGUUUCUUUGGGCGGCCUUUUUUCAUCAAAUGAAAGUGUUGAAGAGGUGCCUACCAGCAAUAUAAAAUAUUUUUUAUUGCCAGCAUUGCUAGGAACAUUGUCUUUAAAAUUGUGUGUAGCUGACCGUUUAGAAGUGAUUACUACAGCUGAAGUGUACUUCCGUGACUUUUUACAAAGAGUUAAGGAUUAUGGUGUAGCAGAUAUUGAAAUUCCCCCAGCUGUGGAAAUUCCCGAUGAAGAUUCGGCCACUGAUAUGGUCAACGCUAUGCAUACUAAUCGAGGUAUGGACAUUGCUGCUAUGGCAAGACAACGUCAUGCUAAAAUUGAGAGGUUCAAGCAGCAAAAGGAACUUGAAUCAAAGCUCCAGACCUUACGCAAAGCUAUGGAUUCAGAAAGUGUUGAUGAAGAUAUCAAGCGUAACUAUUUUCUAACUAUGUGCAAAUCUUAUGCAAGUCAAGCAUUAGAUGAGUUAGAAUGUCUGGACUCGGAGAAACCUCUCUUAGCGCAUCGGGCGAAGCUGAAGAAGCAAGAAGCCCUAGGAAAAUCUGAAGAUGAGCUUGAACGAGAAAAAAGACCUAAAUUAACUCCAAGACGUCCUUUGAUGCCGGUGAUUAUCACUAAAGAUGAGGUUCAAAAAAGAGUUUUUGGUGCUGGGUAUCCAUCUCUUCCAACUCUCACAGUUCAAGAAUUUUAUGAACAGCGGUUGCGAGAUGGAAUAUGGCAACCACCAAGCUCACAAGAUCAGUCUUUGCAAAAUAUAGCCAAUGAUGACAUAAAAGCCAAACAGAAGGAGGAAGAGGAAGUUGAGAAAGAAAAGAAAGUUGAGGCAGAUGAUCCGGAAAUGCUAGCCCAGCAGAGAAACUGGGAUGACUACAAGGACUCACACCGAACAGGCUGGGGAAAUCGUAUGAAUAGAAGUUAAAAGCUCCAUUUUUAACAGUUUACAUGCACAGAGACAAUUUGUGUUGUAAUCCACCUCACUCUCCUACCAUUCUGUAACAUUUCCUGGAGACUGUUACAUUUCUCAAUUUAAUAGAUAACUUUUUUAUUAUUUACUCAUUUUUGCUAUGAAGUGUAGCGGGGUAUUUAAUGAUAUUGAAACGUUCCUUUAACAAUGUUCUGUGUUUGUUGAUGAAAAUGUGUAUUACUUUAUGAGCUCUAUGUAUCACAAUGUAUCUAUCUACCUACUUAUUAAUGAUGAACUGACUGAUUACAUGGUUUCAUUUUCAGUA